CCUCCUGCCUUCCUCCCCUCCCCCUUUGUACAGUUCACUGAAAUGUAUGCUGGGAAGCUGAAAUAGACACAUAGAGAGACUGCAAAAAUGGCUGCACCAUGAGAAAAAAAACAAAAUCCAUUUACAAUCCAGAGACGGAAGGUUUGCCAGCGGAGCCUUCUAGGGGGCUUAGGAGCUCUCCUGCCACAGGGGGACCCCAAAUCCACCUCCAGUUUUGAUAUUUUAGUUUUUUUCGUAGCUGGUUGAUCACAGGAGCCGGAGAGAGAGAGCCAGAGAAAGGAAGCAGAGACCAUUCCCCAGCCAGGAGGGCGAGCUAGCCGAGGAAGCUAACCCUUCACAUCCAACAAGUAAAUUAAUGGAUAGAAAUUAUCCGACCGCAGGCUUUGGAGAUCCUCUGGGGGCUGGAACAGGAUGGAGUUACGAAAGGACGGCAAAGGCAAGCUUGGUCUACGGAAGCUCAAGAGGCUCCCACCCGGAGACGGAUAUUUUGCACAGACAGGCGUAUGCAACACCUCACCCUCUUCAGGGAUACGCCACCAACCACCACCCAGCAGGAUUGUCGGGGUUGUUUGAGACUGGCCUCCAUCAUGCCAGUAGUGCAACUCCAGACGCUUCAGUGAUGAAUCUCAUCUCUGCUCUUGAGUCUCGUGGCCCUCAGCCUGGACCCUCCGCUUCCUCCCUUCUCUCUCAGUUCCGCACACCUUCAUGGCAGACAGCCAUGCACACCCCUGCCCCAGCAGAACUCUUUAUAUCUGGAGCCGGUACAUUUCCUUCAUCAUCUGCUCUUUCUGCUUACCAGCAUCCAGCAUCUUUCAGUGGCAGAAGCUUUCCAGUAACAUCUUCACUAACACUUCAAGAUGCCACAUUUAGCCCCACAUCAAACGGACUCCUUUCUCCUCAUGAUCCCCUUCUCCAUAUAAAGUCAUCCCAGUCUUCUGUUCCAUCUUCCCUCAGUUUUGACCGACUUGGCAGCACUGUAUUAGGCACUGGACUAUCAUCUCAGAGCUCAGCCUAUCGCAGUGCCCAAGAGUCAGCUUCACGACACCUCCCAUCCCAAUUCAACCUACUCUCCUCCUCCCUUGGCCCUUCUGAACAAACAUCCCAGCUCUACAAUGCUUCUGUGUUUUCAAGCUCUCCAGCCUCAUCAAUUGAAAGAGCGAUGCCUCGACAAGACAGCGUUAUUAAGCACUACCAGCGGCCCUCUAGCGCCCAGUCCCAGCUACCCUCUGCAGCGGCUGCUGCCCACUCUUUGCAGCAUUAUUUAAGCUGUGGAGGAAGUUACCAGCAAAUGCAACAUCGUUCCAGCUUGUCUUGCAGUCCGCUGGGUGACCAGUCUCCUGUUAGUAGUGAGGGAUCACAGCAGAAAAACUCACAAGCGCGCCAAGAGCAGUCUCAAAGCUACAGACCAAUAAUUCAGUCGCCGGGUUAUUCAACCUCUUCCUCUUCCAACAAGUCCAAAAGCUAUUCAGCUUCUAGGCAGACUCCUCGAUCUACCGCCACUCCUAAGUGCCAAAGCAUUGCAUCCACAGGACAGACACACAACUAUUCCUCAUCAACUCCAAAGCCCAGCUCUGUUAUUGCUAGCCAGUCUCAGGCUUACUCCCCUGGACAACCGCAGAAUCUUCUUUCUAUGUCCCAGUCACAAAACUAUGCUGUAACCCAGUCACAGAACCUUUCAGCUGUGUCUCAGUCACAAGGCUUUACAUCUAGCCAGGCCCAAGAUCUGACCAGUGGGAGCAAAUCACAAAGCUAUACAAGUAGCCAGUCUCAAGGUUUGCAGACAUGUGUGAGCCAGAAUCAAACCUAUUCUCCAGAUCAUUUGCAAGGGUUGUCAUCAGUGGGCCAGAUUCCAAGUUACAGUGUCCAAACAGAGUCUCAUGUGUCUGCCAGCCAGCCUCCUAGUUAUGUUCCUGCUCAUUCACAGGGUUUACCAACUGCUAGUCCUUCUUUAAGCUACAGUACUGGCCAUUCUCCAGCCAUGUCUAGCCAUGGGUAUUCUUCAGUCAGUCAUGGACAGAAUCUAUCUGAUUCCAGUCCAUCUCAGAUCAUUCGGCCUCUGCAGUCCCCUUCAUCAAGUCGUUCUCAAAGUGUUGCUUCUCCUGGUCAGUCUCAGAAAUAUUUGACAUCAGUGCUUUCACCGUCAUUCAUGCAGGCCUCUCACUCACAAAGUUAUCAAAACACUCAGCCCAGCUUAGAAAGAACCCCCUCCUACAGCAAACCCAAAUCUGAUUCGGAUCUUCUCUCUACCGAAAGGACAGAUGAUGAAGAUUUCCUCAUUCAGCACCUAUUACAGUCACAAAGCCCCCCUCGAGUUUCCUCUGAAAGUCUUGUGGAAUGUGAGGAAAGAUCUAGUAAAUCAAUGGGCUAUGAGAUGAGCAAAACAGAGGAGAGAUACCAUCUGCAAAGUGUUAUAAGGACUAAUUCAAACUUGGACAACCAAGGCUUAGAAUUAUCUCUUCAGAGUUUAAAAGACAAGAAAAAACCUGAUCGACAUAAGGAAUAUGCGAACACAAGGUCAACUCCAGAAUCUCUGGGAACAUCUGUUGUUCAUUAUAGUCACCAGACUGGUCCCAUGGAUUCCUUCACUCAGGACAUCAAAAAGUCAGAUCACCUACCACACAUGGACACCUCAAGUAAGGACUUGAACUCUGCACAUUCAUACAUGCAAAAGACUCCUGAGCAUGCAUCACAAGCUCACAGAAUGGUGGCUGAGAGUCAAUCAAUGGAGUCCCACAACAUGCUGCAAAGUCAGCAAGGCACUCCAAUGAUGAUGGAUACCUCUCCUGAUCUACCGCUUUCUCUUACCCACCAGCCGACUACUCAACAGUCACAACUCUUGCAGUCCGUUCUCACUCAUACCCAGAGUCAGCUGCAGGCACACCAGAGAAAAGUACAGACACCCAUGGAUGUACACCUGAUGGAACGGCAGAGGAUGCAAGCUGAAGCACAAUCUCCACAGCUACAGAUGCAGCUGCAGUCACAGGCUCUGGAGGCACAUUUACAGUCACAACAAAUGCAGGCUCAUGUUCGCUCACAGUCCUUGGAGGUACAUUCUCGAUCCCAGUCAAUAGAGGCACAGUUGAUGGAUUCCCACCAGAUGCAGACAGACCAGCAAUCCCCUCAGCUUCAGGCACAACUCCAGUCUGAGCGCAUGCAAGCAGAAAUGCAGCCUGAGAGGAUGCAGGCAUCGCUUCAGUCUGAAGCCAUGGAAGGACUCCCCCAAAAUGAUGCGAUGCAGGCAUUAUCCCGGCCUCAAGAAAUUCAGGAUUUUCUGGAGCCUGAUCUCAACUUAGAAACACACUUGGGCCAGAGUGGAAAUGUGCAGGGUCAGCAACACCUCAUGCCUGAUGAAGGAGACCCCUUACGUUUAGAUCCAGAGUCCUCCCAACAGGUGCCUCAAGCUCAGAUGGAGCCUAAAGAUCAGUUUGAUAGCCCUAGUCCUCAGGGAUCAAAGCAGCGGUUUGUUCCUUUGACUUCUAUCUGCUUUCCUGAUUCCCUUUUGCAGGAUGAAGAGCGCAGUUUUUUCCCUGGCAUGGAAGAUAUGUUCUGUCCACCACCUUGUGGAAAUGAUGAGUUUCCAAAGUCGAGUUGCAGUGGUGAUGAUGGCUCUCAGGGCAUGGACAGAAAUGAUGCUAUGAAAAAUAGCUAUGAGAUGAUGCAGUCCAGCCAAGGAUAUUCAGGUUAUUGCACCUCUGAAAGUAAUGACAAUCAGCAAAAUAUUCAUCUAGGUCUUGACUCGGUAUCUGUAAAACAUGAGUUACCAUCUACUGUCAACACAGAGCAAUUAGGACUUAUUCAAUCUGGUCAUGGCCAGCAAUCGUCAGAAGUAAAACCUGGCCUAACUUCACCAAUAUUUUGCUCUUCCAAACCCAAAAAACUUCUCAAGACAUCUUCUUUUCAUUUACUAAAGAAGAGAGAACCCUCUUUCCAGCCUCCCAAGAAAAACUAUGCCCAGGAAUAUGAGUUUGAAGAUGAUGAAGACAAGGAAGAUGUCCCUGCAGAUAUCAGAUUAAAUAGUCGUAGAUUACCUGAUCUUCUCCCUGAUCUUAUCUCUAGCUGUCGUACGAGGCCUAACAUUAGCCCUAUGGGUGAUAUUGACUUUUGCCCACCAAGUAUGGAUGGACCAAAGCGACGAGGCCGUAAACCUACAAAACCUAAAAGAGAGGGACCCCCAAGGCCUAGAGGAAGACCGAGGAUCAGACCACUGGUAGAACCUCAUGUAUUAGGGCAUGAUGGUAUCAGAAAGCCACGUGGAAGAGGGAGAGGGAGAGGCAGGAGAAUUACAGAUGAAGGCAGGGAAAGCAUGCCAAUGGAGCCACUGAAACCACUAAAGAUCAAACUGCAGGUGCCAAAAGGGAACGAUACAAUGCAGAUGGAUCAAGCUGAGAUGCUUCCUCCUCCCCAGGAGAAUGCUUUGGACAACAGCCAGACCCGGGAGAAGAUCAAACAGAAGAUCAAAGAGGUAGAAGAAAAGCAACCAGAAAUAAAAUCAGGCUUUAUGGCCUCCUUUUUGGAUUUCUUAAAGUCAGGAAAGAGGCAGCAGCUGCCAACAGCGAACACCAGCCCCUCAAAGAACCGUCCACCAUCUGCCCAGCAGCCUUCACAGGCUUCGUUUGGUAUGGCUUCUCAAAUGCUGUCUGGGCCUCUAGAUUCAACCGAGAGUGAUAGUUUGGUUAUGAGCUGUAACAGCCCUUGUAAGAGGUUGGAUGAUGAAUUAAAACGGAAUUUGGAGACCCUGCCUUCCUUCUCCUCAGAUGAGGAAGACUCAGUAAGCAAAAACCAAGAUCUGCAAAAGAGCAUCUCUUCAGCCAUCUCUGCUCUCUAUGAUCCAACUGACCGCAAAGAGACAGAAAACACAGCUCCUCCCUUGGUAGAAGAGAAGGUGGCUAGUCCUGUGCCUUCUGAACCUUCAUCACAGCCAGAACCACCAGUUGAAGUUUCACCACCAUCUCCACAAGAAGCUCCAGCUCCUCCACCUCCUGAAGAACCUCCAGCUCAGUCAUCUCCUGAGCAGGAAGAACCAGAAGAUUCCAGACCGCUUCACCUGGCCAAAAAGCAGGAGACAGCUGCUAUCUGUGGAGAGACUGAUGAUGAAGAUGUUGAAAGUAGCGGUGAGGGUAUCUUCCGAGAGCGAGAUGAGUUUGUUAUUCGUGUGGAAGACAUCCAGGCUCUAAAGCUUGCAUUGCAAACUGGGCGGGAGCCACCUCCAAUCUGGCGGGUACAAAAAGCUUUGCUGCAAAAAUUCACUCCUGAAAUCAAAGAUGGACAGCGUCAGUUCUGUGCCACCAGCAACUAUUUGGGAUACUUUGGAGAUGCCAAAAACCGCUACCAGCGACUGUAUGUCAAGUUCCUUGAGAAUAUCAACAAAAAGGACUAUGUGAGAGUAUGUUCUAGAAAGCCUUGGCAUCGUCCCCUCCAGACCAUGAGGAGGCAAAGUCAAACAAAAGCACCAGGAUCUAAAAGUCCAGUUGCUGUGACCAAGCCAGAGAAAUGUGAUAAACCAGAGCGUUUGGUCAAAUUGGAGCCUGUUCAAAGACCUGAAAAAAUGGAGGCAGGAGAGAAAACAGAGAGACUGGAAAAGCCUGACAAUGUCGAAGAAGUGGAGAACAUAGAAAAGAAUGAAACUGUGUGCCAUUCUGAAAAAACAAAUGGAGGUGAAGACCAAGAACAGCAGAACCUUGCAACCAAAGUAAUAAAGGAAGCGCCUACUGUAGAAAUGGAAAAAGAUGAACCAGUGGAAAAGACAGAGCCCUUGAUCCAGAAUGACAAUGAAGCAGUGGCUGAGAAUGAUAUUUGUGAGCCAGCAGUAAAGAAGGAUAAAAUAGGAGUUAUGUUGAAGCCUGAUAAAGCCGAGCCAGUCGUCAAAGCAGAAAAGAGUGAACCAAUGGCAAAACCAGAAAAAACGGAACCUGCAUUGACGCCUGAGAAAGCCGAACCAGUGACAAAAUUGGAAAAAACAGACGUAGCUGUGAAAACUAUAAAAAGCCCGCAUGUGGCACGAUCUGAAAAACAAGAGUUUACUACAAAGCCUGAAAGGAUUUCAUCUGCUGGAAGGCUAGAAACAUUGGAACUAGGUACAAAGUCUGAGAAGGUUACCACAAGUGGUAAGCAAGAGAAGCCAGAACGCAUAACAAAGACAGAAAAGGUUUCCUCAGCUGGAAGACAAGAAAAAUCUGAACGUAAUCGUAAACCAGAAAAAAGCUCUCCAACAGCAAAGCAGGACAAAGUAGAACCUGUUGUUAAGCCUACAGCUUCUGUAAGACAAGAGAAGGUGAACGCUGCAGUCAAAGUGGUGAAAAAUGUAACCGUGGUCAAACCUGAGAAGACAGAACUAAAGCCAGAGAUAAAAGUGGAGACAGCUCGAAAAUCUCCUAAGAGUGAAUGUCCCGGAAAACUGCCUUUGCUGACAGAAAAGUCUGUGAAAGAUAAUGCAUUGGAGGCACCAGGCAAGGAUGAAGUGGUAAAGAAGACUGAAAAACCUGAAAUGCCCAGUAGAGUGGAGAAGAAUGAAACCUCAAAGAAACAAGCUAAGCCGGAACCAUUAGAACAAAAAGGAAAAUCUGAAGUACCAAACAGAUCUGAGGGAGAGUUAUCACAGGAGAAAGUGAUGAGAACUGAAAAAGGAGAUAAACGUCUAAAGAUGUACAAGCAUGCAAAGACGGAACGCUCAGACAAAACUGGGAGGGUCGAACGUCCUGACAAACCAAGCAAGAUAGAGAGAGCAGAUAGAUCACCAAGGUCAGACAGAGCAGAGAAGACAACCAAGCUUGAGAGACCUGAUAAACCUGUCCGGGCUGAGAGAUCUUCUAAAACUCUCAGGACAGACAGGCCUUCAAAAAUGGAUAAGUCUGAAAGGCCGGAGAAGAUGCCCAAGUUAGAAAGAAUGGAAAAAUCACCAAAGCUUGAAAAAGUGACAAAGAAUGACAAAGUUGAGAAACCUGUCAGAGCUGAGAAGAUUGAAAAACACAUAAGGGUAGAAAAAGUAGACAAAGUAGAACCAACACCUGCAAAAGUUACACUGAAACCUAAACAGAAACACACAAAAGUAAAGGCUGAACCACCACCGAAGAAGAGGAAAAAAUGGCUGAAAGAGGUGGCUUCAUCUUCUGAUUCUGAUUCUUCCCCUGACCAGCAGAGUGAAGAAGAGCGGGUUCCUGUUGGCCGAGUAUUGAACACAAGAGCCAUGAAGGAGAUGUACAGAAGCUACAUAGAAAUGUUGGUCAGCACGGCGUUAGACCCAGAUAUGAUUCAAGCCUUGGAAGAUACUAGUGAUGAACUUUACCUUCCACCCAUGAGAAAAAUUGAUGGAAUUGUAAAUGAACAUAAGAAGAAGAUUCUGAAGAAGAUCUCUCUGAGCUCAUCUGUUCAGGAGGCGCUUCAUACAUUCCCACAGCUGAAUAUUGACCCCGGAGAUUCUACUGUCAGGAUAAAACCAGGAGGAGAGCCCUACAACCGAAAAACACUCAAUAAAUUAAAAAAGAAUGUAGCCAAACCACAGGAAUUUAAGGUGGAUACUGAGAAGUCACUUUAUUACUCUCUGUACCAUUCCAUGCACCACUACAAGUAUCACACCUUCCUACGUUGCAAGCAAGAGACCAACGCAAUAGAAGAACAGAGUGAUGACUUGGGUCAAGAGGAGGUGGUUCAGCAGUGCAUGAGAAACCAACCGUGGCUUGAAAAGCUCUUCGAUUCUUUCAUUGACCUUCUCACGCAAGCACAAAAUAAGUGCGCGUGACCAAACCCAUGACAGCUAUCUGAGCUGCAGAACAGAACGAAACCUGUUAAUCAGGGAUUCAAUAGACAAACUGAAAUCAUGUGAGAAAGAGAGACAUGUCAGGCAGAAAAGGCAAAGUGUUCUUUCCUGGACUUCACUUUGUGGCCGUGGUCAUCGGCCACACCACAAGCUAUAAAUGGGAGUAGAUGAUGUAAGUUUUGGAGGCUUCAACUUGACUUUCAGGCCUCUGGCUUCUGAAUAGUGAUGCUUAGAUGGAGAUGGUCCUCUCUUUCUCUAGACUUCUGUCUUUUUGCUUUUAGUUCUUUACCCCUUUCUCCUGCAGAGAAGGUUCAAUGUACGUUUAUUUCUCCUCCAUAUACCAUCACCGUCAUACCGUAAAGAGGAUUUUUGGCUCUGCCUUCGCUCAAAUCCGCUUCCAAUGACUGACAUAUUCUGACAGAAGAUGGCAGGCUGAUAUUUUGGCCCUAAUUAUUAUUUAUUGGGAAGCAUGCGUGUAUGUGUUGUGCGUGUGUAAGAGCCAGAAUCCCUGUUGGCUGGGGUGGUGGGCAAUUUAGAUUUUGGAUUAACAAAUCUUUUCAGCAAGGAGGGUAGCUCACCACAAAAAAAUUAGACACUCACUGUUCACUGUCAGUUUUAGUUUUGGUCAUGCACUAAAAAUCUUGAAAGUUUUAUAUAUAUUUUUUUAACCUAUUAGCUUCUUAUAUCAGUGGUUUUAUUUUAACAUAAGGUUCCACCCAUCUCGGAGACCUUUAAUUUUUAUUUUAUUCGUUUUUGUGGACAGAAAGUCAUGAGGUAUUUCUAUGGAUUUGGCUAGAGCCGAUCUGGAGGAAAAAUGAUGUGGCACAAACUGAGCAAGCUAUCUUGCCUUAUCGGUGGUGGUUAUAGUAAAAACCUGAGGGGCAUUCCUGCUGUUUUCCUUUAGGAAUAACAAAAACAGGGUAGAAUUACACGUACAGCUAUUCUCUCCAAAGAUGUCGAAUAAAUUGGGACAAACAGUAAUUGUAAGAAAAUGGUACCAUACCUGUGUUCUGCUGUAUUCAUUUAAUGUAGGGUCAUAAAGCAAAGCUUCCAAUUCUCUUGCCAACACAUUAGUAAAGCUUUGUUAAUCCAAUAUCAGAAAUUUUUAAUUUAUUCUUUCUUUUCACAGUCAACUGUUAGCUUUACGUUCAGUAUUUUUCAUGUUGCAGGAUUAUUUCUAUAUGUCUUGUUAAUGUCCCUUAACAUAAAGAUGGUGUUAUCUACAUUUUUAUAGAUGAUUUACUUUAGUUUGAGAGGACGGGUGGAGUGGUUCUUAUGGUGUUAAGCUCCUUUGCUAUUGGAAGUUUGUAAAAAAAAAAAAUUAAAAAAAAUAUUAGGCAUUUUGUAAGUAUUUUAUGUUACAUUUUGCUACUCUUUCCAUGUGGAGAAUAUUCAUAAGCCUUCCAUUAGCAUAGAGGCUAAUAAGUUAUUUUGCCCUCCUCGCUGAGUUGUUGAGGCUAUACAAGCUGCCCUUAAAUUACCCCGAUAUCACUCAUAGCAUAAAUCAAGUUUUUGGUUUUAAAUUUUUUUUUUUUGCUGUAGAUGCUUAGGGUGCAGGGGCCUUCUGCCCCAUAAAUAUAAAAGGGUGAGAAAAAAAAACAAAAAAAGCGACAUAUUUUUUUAAAUUCACAAUCCUAACAUUAUUUAAACAUUAUUACAUGGUAAUUGUAUCCCUUUUUUAUCCUUGUGCAUAAACAAUUUAAAAAACAUGUUUUCCAGUAUGUUGGAAUGAUGAAAUGAUGGGGGAGAUGAACUGUUUGCGUGUUUUUAUUUUAUUUUAUUUUUGUUUUAAUUUUUUUUUAAACUUACUGUAAAUAUUGUAUAGGAGAAAAAUCUAUGUACAAUAUUGUAUUUGACUAUAUCUAAUUGAUAAUGAUGAUGUUGCUUAGAUGUGAAGUGUUCAGUUUAACUGAACUUGGAUUAGUAUUUUGCUCAGAAAAAUAAACUUAGAACAGAGAGAAAAAGAAAAAAUGGGGUAUUCUUAAGCUACAUUGACGUUUUCCACUACUCUUCCCUUAUGUUUUUUUGUUUUUUUUAAGUGGAGGGACGACUAUCUUGAUAUCUAAUUCUAAUAGGGUUUAAUUUCCUCUAACAUACAUCUGCCCGAUUUUUACGGUUGUCACCAAAGCUGUUUGUCUUUAAAACCUUGUUACCAGUGUCCUGCUCAUGAAAGAACAUAUGAUAUGGAAAGGGGGGAGUCAUAAUGGCGAGGUCUUAUUUUACAGUAAAAUCAGUAACCUUAAGGCUGACAUCACAGUUUUUGUUGUUGUUUUUUGUUUAUUACAGUAAUGUUUUACUGUAAUUUAUAAAAUGCAAAAACAGCACAUGUAAUGUAUGUUAAUAGCAAGUACAGUGACAUCAGGUUUGUAGGUUGAGCUCUGCUGUGUUCACAUGUGUCUUUUUGGCUGUAGUUUAGAUUUUUUUUUUCCUCCCAAAAAUAGCAGGAAAAUAUUUAGCUUUUUUAAGAGAGAGGUGCAAAAUCAGCCGAUGUGAACAGAGCCCAAAAGGUUUAGUUUAAAAGUUUGUAAAAAUUACCGUACAUAAUAUUGAACCUGUCGUGUUAUAUGUGUCAUCAGACGUAUGUUCUUCAUUAGUGCACUGAAUGUGUCGUAUGGGUGCACCCAUUUACUCUCCUGUUUCCUUUUGUCUUUAUAAUUUUCAGAUUAUACAACUAUAUUGCAGGUAGCUGAUUUUCUCACUGUGUAAUCCACAGCAAAGUCUUCACCUUUCAAAAGCUUGUGUUUGAAAAUGGAUUUAAAGGAAAACUCCAGCAAAAUCUUCCUUAUUGCAUAGUUUAUGUUCAAAGGCCUUGUAGUUUAUUGUCCAGGCUGUAAUAGGUCAGACUCCACCACUGAACUUCAUUGGCAAUGACAUACAGUCAAAUUGUAUACAACUAAGGUCUCAUGCAUAUGUCUGCUCAGUUUUGUAUGGAGCCAUAAAACCGCUACUAGAGAGGUGCAUGGCCCUCUUCUGUAUCUCCAUAUACUUGGAGAUACUAUACCAUUCUUGUAGACGUUGUAGUCAGGCCCCAUCUCACAGCAUUGCCAAUUAAAAACAUUUCCACUCUGCAAGUUUGGCAGCCACAUGACUGUACUCCUGACAACUGACUCAUACAUAAUUAGCAAAUGGCCGACACUUACUGUUCUGGAAAAUGUUGUGGAAAUAACAGCGACUUGGAGAUACAUGUUAAGGUGUCCAUACACAUUAGCUAAGUGUUUUUUUCUCAACCUGACAAUUUUGGCAGGAUCAGCUUACCACGUGUGUGUAUGGUGGUCACCAUACCCUCGCCGAUGGCAGAUGGGGAAGGAAAGACGGGAUAGAUGUGUUUGAUUUCAACAUUUCCAAUCCUUUAUUCCCCUAGGAGAUGAACUGUUGUCACAGGUGUCCGACAAUGGCUUAGGAGGGGGAGCGGUGGUCGGGGAGGAUGUCUAACACCCACAUGAACUAGAGCUGACAGCUGUUGUGUAUAGGUCCAUAUGCAGUUACUGCCACUAACAGCACAAAACUCUUACAAUAUAAAGAUAAUGGAUAUACAGAAGUGCCGUUUGGUAGCUGAUUUCACUUUUGACUGGAAUUUCCCUUUAAAGGUUAUGGACACAUCUAAAAGGGGUUGGUCCAUCUCACACACUGGUGGCAUAUCGCAAGAACAGGGCUCCCAAAGUGAACAAAUGUGCACCGUGCAAGCGCUCCCACCCUCCAUUCACUUCUAUGGAAGUGCGGAAAAUAGCCGAGCCACUAUUUCCAGAACUCCCAUACAAGUUGAUUGAGAGGUGGCCAUGCUGGCGUGAUGCACUUUCCAUUCACUUCUAUGGAAGUUUUGGAAAUAGUCAAGCAUGCUUGACUCGGCUCUUUUUGGAAUUCCCAUAGAAGUGACUAGAGAGGACACAGUACAUGCAUGGUGCACCCUCCUUCACUUUGGGGGCGCCGUUCUAGAGAUGGGUGUGCGUCCCACCUCUGUGACCCACUCAGCCACACCUUUCUCACAUUGGUGGCAUAUCCUAGCGCAGGGGUCAGCAACCUAUGGCACCCUAGUUGCUCUGAAAUUAGAACUCCCAGCAUGCAUACUUGCUCUGCUCUUCUAAGAACUCUCAUAGAAAUAAAUAGAGCAUGCUGGGAAUUGUAGUUUCACAACAGCUGGAGUGCUGAGGGUUGCUGACUCCUCUCCUAGCAAUAUACCAGUAAUGUGUGAGAUGGGCAAACCCCUUUAAGGGCAAUUUUUUAUAAUUGCAUUUUACUCAUUUUGUGCUAAAAUUUUUCUUUUAAUUGGUCUUAAUUAAACAUUUUCAACACUUCCCCCCCCCCCCCCCCCCUCUAUAGCUUUCACUUUUACUACAGCUACAGAAUAUGGCUAUCUGCUUCACACGGAAUCCAUUAGAGAGCUGCUCUGACUGCUCGAUUUAUAGCCCUCAGCUUUUAGCUCCUAACAGCUCAUAAACACUCAUUUAAGCCAUAUUUGUAAGAAUUGAGCAAUAAUGAGAGUUUGAGCUGUCAGUUCAGAGAUAAGGGCUACAGAUUGAACUGUCAGCGCAGCUCCCUGAUGGCUUCAGUGUGAGAGCAAUAAUCUGUAGAUGUAGUGAAAGCUGUAGAGGAAUAUUUAAUAAAGACCAGUAGAAAAAAAUGAUUUUAUAAAAAAAAAAAAAAAAAAAAAGUACAAUGCCCCAAAGGGUGUCCAUAGUCUUGUAGGUACAAGUUUCUCAUGGAAGUUGCUUAAUCUUGGUUGCAUUUUUAUGACAUGAAAUAACAAACCUAAGCACAAGAGAAUGCUGAAAAGGGUGUAAUUGAAAGGAUUGCGCCUAUUGGCUCAUGGAAACCUGAAAGUAAUUCAAACCAAGAAGACAUACUUUAUUCCUAGUUACAUGUACACCUUUACCACUGGUACCCUAAAGUACAUUUUUACAUAGGAUGAUGGGAGUUACAGUUGUUGUAGAGAUUCUUUGUGUUUUUUUUUUUAUAUAUAUAUAUUUUUAUUAGGUUUUUAUUUUCAUUUUAGGUGACCUGAAAAUUUACUACAGUAUGUAGAUUUUGGUAGCACUUUAGAACGAAUGUCAUUAGGUGAUUUUUUUUUUCUGUUAAUGUUAGAUUACUAUACAUGUAAAAAUAAUUUAACAUAUAGUUAUGAAACUCCUUUAUUAGGGGAAAAUGCAUAAUACCAGGGCAAAGAAAAGCGGGAGCUACUGCCCACAGCAGGUAUAUGGGGGGGCGGUAGUCGUGUUGGCCGCUAUGGACGACUGCUCCCUUUUCCUUUUGCACUAGUUUAUAUACGUCCCCAAGUGUUUUUUUAUAUUUUUUUCUUGUUAGCAAAUUAUAAGAAUGGGACUGCAUGGAUCCUAAGAUCAGUAGAUUCAGCAUGGCCGGGAGGCGGAGUUUAGAAGGUGUCUAUGCUAUGGUUAAAUAUUCUCCUAAUUUAGGCCUAUAAGAUAACGGUCACAUAAUGCAUAUUGUAGACUGGCUUUGAAUGUUAUUGCACUUGAAUGCACCUACGCGGCAGCCAUUUUUUGUGUAGGGUUGAACCAUUGUUCCCCAGAUCUCAAUCUUACCACUAUUUCAGUUAUCAGUGAUUACACCAAGACUUUUGUUACAGUAGUGUAGCAUUUUGCUGCUGCGUUAAAGUGAAUGUAUAUUUUUAUUAUUCUGACUUGUUUUAAUCUGAAAUUCUGUGCAGAUUAAAUUCUUAAUAUGUCUUUAUAAUGGCAACUGCUCAGCUUCAAGUCCAGUGCAUAGACAUAGCGCUGUAGGAUAAUUGCUGGCUGCAUGCAGUCACCACUAGAGGGAGCUUACAGCAGUCUUCUCCUAAAAUUCCUCUAGUGGUGGCUGCAUGCAACCAGCAUGUUCUCUAUGUCCAAGCAGUGGAUUUGUAGCUCUGUAUCAGAAGAAUGGAGCUCCAGCUGCUAUAAAGAUAUAAUCGGCACAGAAUGUGGAAUCUAUUUAGAUUAAAAAGAAAUGGUGCUCAGUAAGACAAUGCAUUAAGUUUAACUAAAGCACAUUCUUAUGUCAUAAUGAGAAGUUCCGAACUUUGCUCUGGUACACAUUACCCCGUUUUGCAUUAUAUGUACGGAUUUUAUUGCUUGGGGACAAGAGGCCAUUUUGACAUCAGAAUACCCAUUAUCAGGUAUAGUUAAUGGGUUGGUCCUAAACCACACACUUUGGAGAGAAUAGUGGGUUUAUUGGUCAUUGGAAUCAUGGAAAAAUUGUCUAUUUAAUGGUUGAUAUCAAAUGUAAAAAUGCGAUCACGAUUGUCAAGCAGAUGAGUGUAAGAGUCUGUGGUGUAUUUUACAUAUAGCAGUAUCUAAACAGGAGAGUCACUUCUCAUUUUUGAAAUGAUGGAAAAUACUGUUCGGUUGGCUACUCUUUGAUUUAAGUCAUUUGUCAAUUAUAAUAAUUGCUUUUAUAUGAAGGGCUUGUCAAAGAUGAGGAAAAAAAGCUAGAGACGGCAUGGUCUGUGUGUGGUAUCGCAACUUUGCCCCAGUCAAGGGAGCUGCAAUACCAGGCAUGGCCAUGAACAAGAGAGGCACUCUUUCUCGAUAGAAGCAGACAUUGGUAAGCUAGGCGCUAUACUGACAUGCUUUCCUAACAUUUUCUGUCUUGUGUGUAAUGUCUGUCUAGCGAGCGACUGUUAGUUUACAAUAUUGUGUAUAAAGUGAGGAUGACAAGGGGUGGCUCACAUUAGCGGCGGUGCAAUGUUCUUGCAUCAUUUGUGAUACGCAGUAAGGCUAGAGUUCCACCCCUAUCCUAGGUCACCAAUCGUGUGACCGAAAUUUGUAUCCUAGUGUAACAAAGGACACAACGGUUCAGGGCGAUUCUGUGAAUGAUGAGAGGAUGGUGACAACGUUGUAUCUGAAUAAAUGUAGGUUUUAAUAAGCAAACUGACUUUGUAACUAGUAGAAAACAAAUGGGUGUAAAAAGUAUUUAAGUCAAAAUGAAUAAAGAAUAGCCAAAUGUUAAUGGAGUAAUUAUGGCCCCUACCAUUCUUCCGUAGGGGGGUGUUUAUUUUUAAUUCAUUAGCUUGGUUGGAAACAAAAUGUCUGAAGAAAAUAAUAAAACAUUUUCUCUCUCUCUCCAUGUUACCAAAUGUAUUUCUCAGCUAAACCCAUAACAGCUCCCGAUGCCCCGUUCACUUGCUCCUUUUUAUGUGUCCUAAUCUAGACCUUUUUUACGCUGUGUACUGCGUGUAUCUUGUUCUUGCCUCAAAGGUAUUGUUACAAUAAUUGAAUUUGUGUUCCUGUAUGGAUGUUAUUAUAUAUUUUUAUCGUCAAUUAGUGUCUGACGUUUUUCUCUCAAUAUGUACAACUCACAUUGUAUAAUGUGUACACAAAAGAAAAAAACACUUUUUUCUUUGCA